CUUCUUCUUCCUCAACCAAACAACAGGCCUCGCCUUCUCUCUGCCUUCUCAGGAAAACAACGAUCUAGCUGUCUCGCCCACCUCAGCUACAUCUCACAACAACAAACAAGACAAUUCUAUAUCUUUCUAAACUUUCUUCGCCAACACCACCUUUCAAUCAAAAUGUCCGGCCUUCCUCCUCAGAAGUUCCUCCCUCUCACCCCGGCUCCCCGGUCCAACUUCCUCUCGCUGGCCCCGGCCACCUCUCCCUCGUACCCCAAGAAGCCCGUCACCAGCUCGCGCUCGCACGCCAGGCCCGCUGCCCCUCGACGAUCUUCCAGCGGAUCCUCGAGCUCCAGCAGCUCCAACGGCUACCGCAUCCUCAAGCUCGGCCCCGUCCACUACGGCGAGCACGCCGAUGACCACCAGGCCGACUUCCACGAUGUCAUCCUCCACUGA